AUUGUCUUUGACAUUGUUGUCUAUGUGUUAUAUUACAGAUUUGAAACAAUAAAUAAAUAAAUUGGACAAUUGGAUAAGUCAUCUGAUGCGCUUGCAUUCGAGAUUAAACGCAUCAGAGAAUUGCAUAGCGAUAUUUGUGAUCUCGCCAGAAAAGUAAACAAUAUUUACAGUCUUCAUCUCCUCUUUUGCUCGGCGAAUUUUUUCACCAUGAUUGUUGCUUCAUUAUUCCAAUUUUACAAUCUUUUGGAGUACUUUACUGGAGAAAUUUACUUGUAUUCAUUGCAUAAGAGUUUUGUUUGCGUUGUAUUCGUUAUAAAACUUGACCUGUUGGAUUUGCACGCUCACACGUGAAGAAUCCAAUAGGACUGGGAGAAUCAUAUACGAAAUUAUAUUGUCAUUAUAUCAACUUGUGAAUAUUGAUAAACACAAAGCGAGUAAUAUAUCGAGGCUAGAAGUGCGACCUCCACUGGAAAAUUUGGACGGCGAGCAAUGUUCCAAUCGGAGCAGCAGUGACAAUCUGAGUUACAUUGAUAUGGACAAUAUCUUGUGUAGAAAUCUCAAUUCAGAGUGUGUCCUAAAAGAGAUCAAUGAUUUCUCGAUUCAACUGCAGCAACAUCGAGUAACAUUUACGGCCUGUAAUUUCUUCGAAAUGAAUAAUGCUUUGUUCAAAGGUUUUGUUGGGUUGUUUAUCACUUAUCUAAUAAUUGUCAGUCAAUUUAAACAACAAUCUGGUGAAAAUGUUUGCAAACAAUUUGAUAAAAAUUUUCUUAAACUGCAAAAGGAUAUUAUAGAUAUAAAAAAGGAAAUUGGAAUAUUUUUAAAAGAAAAUCAAACGGACUCUCAGAAUUAACAAGUAAAGAUUCUGUUACGUUAAAACCUUAGAGAUCAAUUUUCGGGAUAUUCGAGAGAGGUAUGCUAGAACGAUUCGGAAACCAGAGUAAUAGGUCAACGCUUCUUGGUGUAUCACACUAGUCUAAAUGUUAUAAGACGUGCACAAAUUUCCAUUGUCUAAUUUAUAUGAAUAAAUCAAUGAGACAGCACUUAUGUUAUUUUAUUUUAGUCUUAAGAGUUUUUUAAGAAUAAAAUAUUUUUUUCUCAAUAAUAAUGAGAUUUUUACUUUCCUAUAACCUAGUUAUAGGACUAGUUAAGCAAAACUCCGAGUUGUAAAAAAUAUUGGAGUUUCUCUACUUUUUUACAUUAAAUACAUUAACGAUAUUGUGAUUGCAAUUUCGACUAAAUUGAUUUCAUUGUAAUAAAUCUUUUCCACCCUAGAUCACAAUUUAUGAUAGAAAUAGAGAUUGGCAAAAUAAGCUUUUGGAUGUCAUCGUUAUUAAAAAACACAGUUCUUUAAUGUUUGACUGUGGUCAUAGUCUACAUUUUUACCAUACUAGAAGGAUGUCUUAAUUUUAUAUCGGCACAUCUGUUAUCAGAAAAAAGAGGGACAAUGAUGGGGAUGGUUGACAGAGCAGUUUUAUCAGCUUCAAAAUUCUAUAAAAAGAAUAUUGAUUUUCUUCAUAUUCUUUUAACAAAUAAUUACUCUGCUAAAUUUAUUUUUGAUACAGUAAGCAAUUGCUUUAAAAAAAUUCCUUAAUUUAUCAUAAACACGCACUUAAGCGAAUAAAUAUCAAUCAUAAGAACAUCUAACCACUUACAAAAAGUAUAAUUUUACUUCAUUAAUCAGCUUAAUUGAUCUUAUGACUGAUACCUCUAUACUUCCUUGUUUGCAUAUGCAUAGCUUAAUUAACAUCUUUAUUAAAUGCAUUUAAUUUACUGAAACCGUGUUGCGCUUAUAAAAAGCACGCAAUCUAAUGUUGCACAAGUAAAAUGUUCUUCAUUCUGUGUGAUACAUCAGAGAAAGUUUACGAAGUGCGUGCUCGACAGAGUGUUUUGUUUCUAGAUUUAUUACGUUUUUUUGAAAUUUUUUAUAACAUAAAGAUCUGUAAUGUGUAAUUUGCAGCCAUACUUUGCAAAACUCAUCGAUUAGCAACACAAUAAGCAAAAAUGAAGAAGGAGAUGCAUGUACAAGUGAACAGCAACUCACCGUCGAUAGAGCGCAUUUUACGUCCAAUAACAUACACCUCCUGGCUUCUAGGGAUCGGUGCAGCACAUCCGCGAAAGUGUCCAAAAGCUAUAACAAUAAUCAUACGUAUAAUUUAUAUAAUUGUGUGUUCCAUUACCUUGAUAUAUGAUGCCAAAAAUUCUUAUACUUACAUUGAAGAAUUACGAAUUUAUGACUACAUGCUGUUCCUAAAAAAAGCGAUGGCAUACGUAUCAGCCUAUUAUUGCAUGUAUCACGGAAUCAGGCAGUACAACCAGUGGCCGGAGCUAAUGGACAGAUUUAAGGAAAUCGAUCAUAAAAUCGAAAAGGAAAUAUCAAUGAAUGACCAGUCUAUAAAAAUUUUCGAGGCGCUAGCAAUUUCCGCGACCAUUUUCUAUAUGAGCAUUCCCGUUGUGCAUUAUAUCAUUGACCGUUUAUCAAUAAAUUUGCUCUUUCACUUAAUCUUACAUGAAGUGAUAUUUGUUCAAUUGUUGUUUAGUAGCUUUGUCUUCGACGUUGUUGUCUACGUGUUAUAUUGCAGAUUUCAAACAAUAAAUAAAUUGAUCGGCCAGUUGGAUAAGUUAUCUGAUGCAAUGGCAUUCAAGAUUAAACGCAUCAGAGAAUUGCACAUCGAUGUUUAUGACCUCGUUAGCAAAGUAAACGAUAUUUAUAGUUUUUAUCUUCUCUUUGGCACGGCGAAUUCCUUCACCAUGGCUGUUGCUUCAUUAUUCCAAUUUUACGACCUUUUUGAUCUUAUAAAUAAGGGUUUCUUAUUGUUUAUAUCGCUACAGACUAUCCUUUGCGUUGUGUUCAUCACGCAAUUUUGUUUGACUUGUUGGAUUUGCACGCUCGCGCGUGAAGAAUCCGAUAGAACAGGGAGAAUCAUAUACGAAAUUAUAUUGAAAUGCCAACCUGUUAAUAUUGAUAAGCAAGAUCCAAAUAAUAUAUCAAGGCUAGAAGUGCGACCUCCACUGGUAGAUUUGGACGAUGGGCUAUGUUCCAAUCGGAGCAGCAGUCACAAUCUGAGUUAUGUUGAUAUGGACAACCACUUGCAUAGAAAUCUGGAUCGAGAGUGUGUCAUAAAAGAGAUCAAUGACUUUUCGCUUCAACUGCAACAGCAUCGAGUAGUAUUUACAGCCUGCAAUUUCUUUGAAAUAAGUAAUGAUUUGUUCAGAGGUUUUGUCGGAUUGUUUAUUACUUAUCUAGUAAUUGUCAGUCAGCUUAAUCAACAAUCUGGUAAAGAUUUUCGCAAAGAAUUUGAUGAUUUUAGCGAGGAAUUUGAUGAUUUUCGCGAAGAAUUUGAUGGUUUCCGCAAACAAUUUGAUGAAAAUUUUUUCAAAUUACGAAAGGAUAUUAUGGAAAUAAAAAAGGAAAUGUUUGGAAUGUUUUUGAAAGAAAAUCAAACGGAUUCGCAGAAUUAACAAUUAAGAAUUGCGUUAAAACUUUAAAGAUCAAUUUUCGAAAUAUUAGGAAGAGGUAUGCUAGAGGAAGAUUCGAAAACCAGGGUAGUAGGCCAACGCUUCUUGGUGUAUCACACUAGUCUAAAUGUAAUAAGAUUUGCACAAAUUUCUAUUGUCUAAUAUGAACAAAUUAAUAAGACAGCACCAAAGUUAUUGUGUUCUAAUCUUAAGAGUUUUUCCAUUUAAGAAUAAAAUAUUCUUUUCUCAAC